CGCGCUCGCUGACUAGAUUAGAGAGUAGCCCAGCAGAGGAGCGCCGGGCUUCAUCUCGAGAUCACCGACCGUCUGCAGCGCGCCUGGCCACUCCGCGACCUCCUCUCCCCGGCCCUGUCCGUUCCAGCGCCCCGCUCCCUCUCCGGCGGACCGACUAUGGGUUGUGUCGCCAACUCCACCGGGACCGAAGUGCUACUGCAGCUGGAGGCUCUCCGCAGCGCCGCGCAACUUUCGCAACUAUUCCGUCUCACGGAGAAAAGAAAGAUUUAUUAUAAAGCUGUCCGGGACAUCGAAGCAGGGGAGGAGCUCUUAGUGUAUAUGAAGGACGGCAUUUUCCCCGAGGGAUCCAUGGCACCCAACCUACAAGACGAGCAGAUGUACCGCUGUGAAGACUGUGAUGAGCUGUUCUCCUCAACACUUGAGCUGCGGCGGCACCAGAAGUAUUCGUGCUCCAGCAGCGGCUCCAUCUUUGACUCACUGAGAGAGGACUUCAAACAGGAACGUGAGGACAGCGACGAGCCCGUCCACGAAUGUAAAGACUGUGAGAAGAUUUUCCCAAAUGAGUACAGUCUGGGCCAACAUAUGAUAGUCCAUACUGAGGAGAGGGAGUACAAAUGUGACCAGUGCCCCAAAGCCUUCAACUGGAAGUCCAACCUCAUCCGCCACCAGAUGUCACAUGACAGUGGCAAACGUUUUGAGUGUGAAAACUGUGAUAAGGUGUUCACAGAUCCCAGCAACCUUCAGCGUCACAUCCGCUCUCAGCACGUGGGGGCACGCGCUCAUACAUGCCCUGAGUGUGGCAAGACCUUUGCCACCUCUUCAGGCCUCAAGCAGCAUAAGCACAUCCACAGCAGUGUCAAACCCUUUAUCUGCGAGGUGUGCCACAAAUCCUACACCCAGUUCUCCAACCUCUGCCGCCACAAGCGUAUGCAUGCUGACUGCCGUACCCAGAUCAAGUGUAAGGACUGUGGGCAGUUGUUCAGCACUACCUCCUCCCUCAACAAGCAUCGCCGCUUCUGUGAGGGCAAAAACCAUUACGGCUCUCCAGCAGGGAUGUUCAACCCUGGCAUCCCCUUGAGCUCCAGCCCCAUCAUGGCCAAGGUCAAGUCCCAUCAUCACCACCUUCAAGGUCUAAACCAGUCAGGUUUAGGCUUCACUGACUACUUUCCCUCCCGACCCCACCCUCAUGCUGGCUUGCCCUUCUCCCCAGGAGCCCAUGGCUUCCCAUCCCUCCAUCAUGGUUUCCCAGGUAUCUUCUCUCCAUCACUGUAUCCGCGACCACCUUUAUUGCAGGCUACCCCCUUACUAAAGAGCCCGCUGGGCGGCAGCAGUCAGGAGGUGAAAUUGCCUCGGAGUCCCCUAGAUGCCCCUCCAAUGUCCCUGGUUAGUUCCACAAACACCAAUGGAGGUAACAGUUUGAAUCAGCUGGAAGUCAAAGAAAAAGAGAACAAACUGGAUUUGUCUUCUGGAGAAGCCAAGCCAAAAUCUAAGAUGGCAGACUUGUCUGAUGGUAGUGACCUUGAAGACGUUAAUACCACAAGUGGGACAGAUUUGGACACCACCACUGGUACUGCUUCAGGUGAUGGUUCUGACCUGGAGAGCGAUGGAGAGAGUGAACGUGAGCGAAGUGGUAAAAGAAGGAAGCCGUCUGGGGCAAUAUCAAGUCAAGAAGGCCACCAGUUAGAAGACACAGACAGUGCGUUGAUGUCAGCUGUGUCAAGUUCUGGAAACUUUGCUAUUGAUCGUCCCUUUCAGUCUUCUGCACCAUCCCAGCACUCCUUCUUCCCACCGCCUGAUGAACAAGCCCUGCCGCCCACCCACAUAAAUGCAAAUGCAGCCACCACAGAUUCUAUCAAAGCCAUCGCCUCUAUUGCUGAGAAAUAUUUUGGUCCAGGUUUAAUUGGUCUCCAUCAGGAGAAGAAAAUGGGUCCAUUGCCCUACCAUUCCAUGUUUCCCUUCCAGUUUCUGCCCAACUUCCACAACUCCCUCUAUCCCUUCAGCGCUGAUCGAGGUGCCCUCAAUCCCAGCAUGUUCUUUAAGGCAGAGCCCAAGUCACCUCACGAGCAGCUGCACAAGAUGAUGUCUGGUGCACCACGAGCUCCUGCUUCCACAGGAGAGUCACCAUUUGAUCUCACUACAAAGGCCAAGGAGACCAAGUCAGCUCAUCCCAGCCCAACAAACCCCUCAAACCCCAAAAGUAGUUCUGGGAGCAGUAGUGGACCUUUAUCAAUAGCUAGCGGGGAAGAACAGCCGUUGGACCUGAGCAUUGGCGGUCGGAGCCGAGGUGGACAUAAUGGUGUAGUGGCUGAGCCACCAAAUAGAAAAAACCACAUCUUUGGAAUUGGAAAGGGGGUCUCCAUCAAGGACGAAACCCCAGUUGGGUUUCCACAGCUCCAUUCCCAGUCGUUGCACCAAACCUCCAUUGCGCAGCACCAGCAGCAACACGCACAGCCACAUCAGCCACCACCCCUGCACUACGCCAAGCCCUCAGCAUUCUUCAUGGACCCCAUAUACAGCAGGGUGGAGAAGAGGAAGCUACUCGAUCCUGUAGGAGCUCUGAAGGAAAAAUUCCUCAGGCCCUCACCACCACUCUUCCAUCCACAGAUGUCAGCCAUGGAGAACAUGACAGAGAAGCUCGAGAGCUUUGGCGCUCUAAAACUGGACCCCCCGCCCAAUUCGCUGCAACACGCUCAUCCACUGUUCAACUUCCGCUCACCACCACCAUCCCUCUCAGAUGCCAUCCUCCGCAAGGGCAAGGAGCGAUACUCCUGCAGGUACUGUGGGAAAAUCUUCCCUCGCUCUGCAAACCUCACCAGACACUUGCGGACACAUACAGGGGAACAACCCUACAGGUGUAAAUACUGUGACCGCUCAUUCAGCAUCUCAUCCAAUCUUCAACGCCACGUUCGUAACAUCCAUAACAAGGAAAAACCCUUCAAGUGUCACCUGUGCAACCGCUGCUUCGGUCAACAAACCAACCUCGACCGCCAUCUCAAGAAGCACGAGCAUGAGAACAUUCCUGUGAGCCAACAGUCCGGGAUGCUUUCCAACCUAGGAACCACCAUCUCCUCCCCAAACUCCGAGCCAGACAAUCAUGCACUUUUAGAUGAGAAGGAGGACUCGUACUUCUCAGAAAUCCGUAACUUCAUUUCCAACAGUGAGAUGAACCAGGCCUCCAGCUCCACGGAUAAGAGAUCAGACCAGGCUGAGGAGGAACGCCCACCGAGCCACAGUUUGUCCAACUCUAAGCUAGGUCUCCGGGGACUAGAGGAGGAGGAGGAGGAAGUGGAGGGCGACGAUGAGGAGGAGGAGGAAGGCAGCCUGACAGAGAAGUCUCACGACGAGGCGCCUGAGUCACCGUCUCCCGUCACAACUGGAGUGUAUGAGGAGGACGAGGAGGAGGAGGAGACAGAGACAGCUCCUUUAGCUAUGGGCUAUGAACACACUCGCAGGCUUAUGCAAUGAUGCUGUCUCUCUCGGAGAACAACCCUUUGCACGCGCCCUCCCAGAACUCUCUGGACGCUUGGCUGAGCAUGGGAGGUGGACCGUCUGAGACGAGCAGCUUUCACCCGCUCAACCACAUCUAGACGAGAGAGCGAAAGCGGUAGGAAGAGUAGGAGAAACAUUGGUUUCGCAAAUGGAUAGAACAAGAGACAGAGUGGACAUGAGUAGUGAGAAACAUGGACGCUAGAGAAGAAUUCUGUGUCACAUUCAUUCUAGAUAGAAAUAAUGUGUGUGUGUGUGUGUGUGUGUGUGUGUGUGUGUGUGUGU